ACCUGGGCUGAUGGGUGAAAUGGGACCUGCAGGUCUGGCAGGGAUACAGGGAUCCACAGGCUCUCAGGGACCCCGAGGACCAGAUGGACCUCAGGGACAGAAGGGAGAGUCUGGGCCAUUAGGAAUUAAUGGACCUCCAGGGUCUGGUGGCCCUCAGGGAAUAAAGGGAGCACGUGGUGUCAGAGGAGACGCAGGGAGGCUGGGACCACCUGGUUUAGUAGGACAAGCUGGGCCUCCAGCAGACCAGGGAGCUAAAGGAAAAUCAGGGCCACAGGGAUUGAAGGGAGAGCCAGGACCUCCAGGCCUACCAGGGGAACAGGGUGAAGAUGGCCUGCCAGGAAUCCAAGGUCCUCCAGCUCUCCCAGGGUUUGAGGGGCCUCCUGGAGAGGUGGGACCCCAGGGUCCUUCAGGUCCCACAGGGGCUCCAGGAGUACAAGGAAGACCAGGACCUGAGGGGAAACAAGGCAUUAAAGGGGAGAAGGGAGAUGAUGGUGAGAAUGGAUCACCAGGGAGGAGGGGGCAUGUGGGAAGGAGGGGAAAACGAGGGAAAGCAGGAGUCAGAGGGGCGAGGGGAGACAGAGGACCAAAGGGUGAAAAGGGGAACACAGGACUGGCAGGCCUCCCUGGGUGGCCAGGUCUCAUCGGAAUCCCUGGGUUACAUGGCGAGCCGGGGGAUCAAGGUGAAAAGGGGAAAGAGGGUGAAAAAGGAGACAUGGGACUGCCUGGGCCACCUGGAGGUGCUGGUAUCAAGGGUGUUGGUGGUCCUGUUGGGUUGCCAGGUCCAGUGGGUCUAAAGGGAGAGCAGGGGAGUAUUGGUCGUCCAGGUCCACGGGGUGCACUAGGGAUGCCAGGACUGCCUGGCUUGUUUGGAUUAAAGGGUUUGAAAGGCUACCGAGGUUUACCUGGACUGCCCGGCAGGACGGGGCUCCCAGAACGGUGGCAUCUCAUUGCAGCCGUGGGGUAG